ACUAUUUAAUAUCUCCCUGGAGAGAGAGAGUCGGUAGGUAUCGACGUGCGCGGAGAAUAUCGCUCGCGGUACUUUGACAGUUACGAAGAUAACGAUGAAUAUCAGGGCACAGGACGAGAGGAAUGCGGUCAUACGCGAGAGGAUCCUCGAUCUGCACGAUGUUUGCAUGGGACAGAUUCCGCAGGAUUCGCCGUGGAUACGAACCGUGCGCGUGCAUUACACGCAAAGUGGUCAACGUAAACAAUGGGACGUGAUAAGGGCCCAUGACAGCGUGACUAUGGUGAUCUUCAAUACAACUCGAAAGAAGCUCGUGUUUGUCAGGCAAUUUCGGCCGGCGGUGUAUUGCUGGUCGUUACCGGAGAAGCAGAACGAGAUCGACGUCGAGCGUUAUCCCGCAGCAUUGGGAUUGUCCUUGGAGCUCUGCGCUGGCAUUAUAGAUAAGGAUAAGCCUCUUGUAGAGAUAGCAAAGGAGGAGCUGGAAGAGGAGUGCGGCUACGAGGCACCUAUAUCAGCGUUCACCCAAAUUAUUACCUACAGAUCUAGUGCUUCUGCCAGUGCAAAGCAAACACUUUUCUAUGUAGAAGUCACGGACGAUAUGCUCGUACAUCCAGGUGGAGGUUCUGAGGCUGAAGGUGAGCUCAUAGAAGUGGUGGAAUUCAGCGUUCCAGAAUUGAAGGAUUAUGUGAAAUCUAAGGAAAUAACAAGUCCCUCUAGCUUCCUCUUUGGUAUAACUUGGUUUCUACUUAAUAAAUCUGAAUAUUGUUCUUAGGUAAAAAUGGGG